AAACAUAUGUAAUGAACAGUAAAUAAAAAUAAGCUUGUUUAUGUUGCGUAGUCUCUAUGAUCAAUAAAAUUUAGCUUUUAAUUUGAUGAGAAUUAAAAAAAAAAAAUAUAUAUAAUUUCGAUAAAAUACAAAAGUAUUAAAAGUUGUUUUAAAAUAAAAUGUCUUAUUUCAAAGACCUAAAUCCAUACCAAUUGCAUCAAAAGUUGAUAAAUGAGUAUAUUUUGAGACGACCCGGCGACACGAGUAAAUUGUAUGUUAGAGAUACAAGUAAAGAUAAAACGGAUUUGGAUGUAAUUCGUGAGAACCACCAGUUUCUGUGGAAUGAAAAUGAAGCUGAUUCAUGGGAUAAACAAUUGGCCAAAAAGUACUAUGAUAAAUUGUUCAAAGAAUAUUGCAUAGCAGAUCUCACAAAGUACAAGGAAAAUAAAAUUGCAUUACGAUGGCGUAUUGAUCGGGAAGUAAUCAGUGGAAAAGGGCAAUUUAUUUGUGGUAAUAAAAAGUGUGAGGAACGUUCGGGACUACGAAGUUGGGAAGUUAAUUUCGCUUAUGUCGAACAUGGCGAAAAGAAAAAUGCUCUCAUCAAAUUGAGGUUAUGUCCAAUUUGUUCAGACAAACUGAACUAUCAUUCCAAAAAAAGAGAAGUAAAGCGAAUGAAAAAACAGACAAAGCACAAUAGUCACAGACACAAUGACGUCGCUGCCAGUUCUGUGUCACCGCAGGCAACUACCUCCUACGAUUCGACUGAGAGAGGAAAUAAGACGAACAUAUCACAACAUACUGAUGCCAUACCAAACAGCAAAGCAAGUGACGCAGCUCAUCAACAGCUAGAGCAAAUUUUUUGGUCAAAGUCAACGGACGAUGUAGAAAAAACUCGUGAAGAAGAAUUCGAUGACUAUUUAGCGGAUUUGUUGUUGUAGUGUUGUGAUUUUACUAUGUUGAUACACACUCUGCUCGAAUUUAAUAAGUCAAAAACGGGCGCUCCCAAUCUCAUUCUUCGUUUAUUUAUUUCAAAAAAAAAAAAAUCAAAAUUUUGAUACUUUUUUUUAUUUUUCCUAUUUUUUUUCAUCCACUUGGUCUAUUUCAAAAUAUUGCAAACAUAAAAAGAAUGCUUAUGCAACAUGAACUGUCAAGUAGUUUUUCCUCUAAUUUUUUUUUUAAAAUCUCUAGUAUUUGCAAUUAAAUACAAUUUGAAAUAAAGUAAAAUAAUCAUAAGUUACAAAUGGCACUGUUAAAAUUUUCAGAAAACUUUUCGAUACGUAAAAUUUUUGUUAUACAUGUCGUACAUGUAGUUUUCAUUUUAUGAAAAAUUUUAGCAUACUACGAAGAGUCGAAAGAGUCAAAAAUUAAAUAGUUGUUUAACAUUGUUUGUAAAGCUCCACAAUUCUUUGUGCUUGUUCAAAUCCAGAAAGAAAUGCACCAUGGGCUGUUGAAAAAUACUUUUCAUGACAAGCUUCGCCUGCGAAUAGAACGACUGGCGAGGCUGUUGUUUCGCCUUUCUGUCCAUCUUCGUGCACUUCCGGUUGGUUUACUUGGUAGAAGUUUCCAAUCGACAACGAUUGUCCAAGUACAUUAUGAGAAAUCGUUUCAUUUUUGUCGCAUCUUGUGCUUAUGUAGCUAUAAGCACCGUUUACGUAUCGAUUUGAGUACCAUCGUGUACUAUAAUAUAAAUAAGAAGAAAACAAAUGAUCACAUGAGUAAUUAGAUUCCUUAUUCAAUAUACAAGUAAUUCUUUGUUGGCUUACCAGUAGUAUCGUUUUGGAUAUGGAAUAGUUUUGUUAGUAAAUUUAACUAAAAGCUUCACACAAUCUUCUAUGAUUUGGUCAUCGUUGAGUUUCUCCAUUUGUAUAGCACCGAUACCACCAACCCAGCCCAGUAAAAUAUUCGAGCUGUGCGGUUGUAAUCUAUCAAAGCCCGUAAUAUAAUCGGUCCAUUGAGUUUUCUAUAAAAUUACACGAUUUUCAAUGGAAACACAUUUACUGAUUGAAAAAAACCAAGCCAACUGAAUCCAAGGAAAAAUGAUCAUUGAUAGCUAUCUAACUAAAGUUAGACUUUAUUUGUACAUGUUUGAUGUUACCUCUUUGUUGUGCUUGAAAACAAAUUGAAUUCCAGCCAAAUCAUUCCACCAAGGGUUAUCAAAUUCCAUAAAAACUUUGUUAAUUGUUUCAAAACCAAUGCUCUCAAUAGCUAACUGUAUAGAUGGAGGUAAAUUUGGAUGAAAUAGCGUCUUAUGUACUUUUUUCAAAACUCCCAAAGAAAAUGUCACUAUAACGUGAUCUAACAUACAUAUAUACAAGGAGAGAGAAAUAUAUUUAAAUUUUCAACGAACGCAUGAAAACAUCCAAUUUUGGGCUUACCUGCUGUAUAGAGGCUUCCGUCCGAACAUUUCACAGAAAUAUUUGGUACUUUUCGCUUACUCGGUCUAUCAUUAUUAUCAUUAUUAUUUAUGCGUAUUUCAGUUACUUCUUUACUGUAGUGAAUUAAUUUAUUGUUAAGCUCAGCGGUGAGACAGUCGAUAACUGAGCCGAAACACUUUUUAAAAUUAUAGUGUGCCUGACACGCUUCUCCAUUGAAUGAAUACCUCCCCCAAUAUUUGGCUGACAAUUGAUCCAGUGACAGGCAUGAAUUAUCAAUUAUUUGGAAGCGUACAUGCCAAUCAAAUAAAUCCAUAGCAUUUUCUCUGUCUCGUGAAUUUUCUAAGCAAUCAACAAAUUUCUGAAAUUUUUCUCGUAAAAAGUGACCCACUGAUUUGGGACAGCAGGACACGGUUUCCUUUGAGCGUACAAACUCUUCACAUUCGCUAAGUAAUUCACCGAUUCGGAAGUCAACUUUUUUCACAAAAAACGGAUCAAUCUGAUUGCCAUAUUCAUGGAAGAAAGAGCCCAUACCUUCUUCAGAUUGCUGGGAUGAUAAAAGUCGAUAAUUUUGCGAAACGGUAUAAAGAAAAUUAUUACGACCAUGUAACCAUUGAGCACCUGCAUCCACAAAAUUCAAAUCCGAAUGCUUCACAGAUGUUUCAGUCUUGUUUUUUGAAUAUUCCAGGAGUUCUUCGGUUUUCACCCGACCGCCAGCCUUAUUUUGAGCUUCAAGUAUUAAGUAUGUGUGCUUAUCAGAUGCGUUGUUCAAUGCAUUCGAUAUUUUUAUUGCAGCACCUAAACCGGCUAAUCCAGCACCGAGAAUCAAGAUUUUUGUAUGGCGAAUCACUUGAUUAGCAUUCGCGGAAUAUUCCUUCAAUUCUACGUUCAUUGUUGUGCAGUCUUUUAAUUUCUUAGUAGAUUUUUGUACGGUUUCAUUGCCACUUCAAGAAGAAAAUUAAUUAACUUUACUUUCAGUAGAAUAAUAACGUCUAUUUGAGAUAAAACGUGUGCUUUUAAUAAACGGGUAUUUAUGCCUAACGAUCGAGGGACUACAUGAAAAUGUUAUUAAUAUAUUUGUUCAUUUGCUCUCACCUAAUUGUAACAUUCGCUUGACUCUCAGUCUUACAACUAGCGUCCGACUCAUUUGAGCUAGCGACGACACUUUCUUUUGAUUCUAAUUUUUGAGUUGAAUUCAAUGUGAAAAACCAUCUCGCCGAACAGUUUGAAUAACAAUGGUUGUCCCAUACUCGUUUCGACCUUGAAUUUAAAAAAAAAAAAACAGUAUUAAAUUUUAGGAUCACAAUUCUUGUUGAAUUUUCUGUUUAUACCAUUCAACAAACGUAGAGUCGAGAAGAUUUUGUGAGAUAUAGUAAUUCUUAUCCAUUGAUAGAUUGGACCAUAAAAGUGAUUGUUUUAAAUUGUACAAUAAUUUUUGUGUGCUUGGACGGCAAAAUUUAGUUGUUCGAUCGUUAUGUGCACCCGUUGAGUUCUUAUAAAUAAAUACGCCCUCAUUUGAGUUGUUUGGCCGGCAUUUGCUAUAUCCAAAUUUUCCAUCCAUACUAGGCCACCAUUUGAAAGUGCUUCCCAGUUGAAGCAUGUCACGUGUACUGAGUUAAAGAACAAAUAAACCAGUUUUGGAGAAAAUGAAGAUUUUUUUCUCAACGUUAAAAGAAAAAUAAAUUUUAUUAUUCACGUACUAUGUCAUAUAAAUUGUAAAUUUAAAUGAAAUUUUUUUUUCUGACAUAAAUAGAUAUUCAAAGAAAAA